UAAAUAAAUACGUAAAACAAUUUAAAUACAACAAAGAACCCCUUAUCGUGGUCCGCUGAUACAUGAUAUCGUGGACCGCCUUAUAUACCUCAGGACAUUGGAGGACAGAACGCCGCAAAUUCAAAGAACGACAGAGAGACGGCAAUGGCGAGGCUUCACCUCUAUGUUGCGUUAACCGUUGCUUCAUUAGUGCUCGCUUCUGCUCAGAAAUCGGGCGACGUGACGGAACUCCAGAUCGGAGUUAAGUACAAACCAAAGUCUUGCACCAUUCAAGCUCACAAAGGUGACGUAAUUAAAGUUCACUAUCGAGGUUCACUUACAAACGGAGAAGUAUUUGAUUCCACUUUUGAAAGAGACCCAAUUGAAUUUGAACUUGGCAGUGGUCAGGUGAUUGAAGGAUGGGAUCAAGGGCUCUUGGGCAUGUGUGUUGGCGAAAAGCGAAAACUGAAAAUUCCCGCAAAACUUGCUUAUGGUGCCGAAGGAUCACCUCCAAAGAUCCCAGGUGGAGCCACCCUACUCUUUGACACUGAGCUAGUCGCGGUCAACGGGAAGCCAUCUGAUGCAGAGAGCGAGCUGUAGCGAUUUUUUUUCCAACCUCAAAUGAGUUGACAUUUAUUUUUAGGACUUUGGUGAGAACUGGAACGUAAGAUUCCCAUCAACUCUUCAAAAUUGAGUUCUAGGUAGUCGGCUGUUGUUUUUCCAGUCUUAUUUAAUUCUGUUAUGUCAUGUGACAACGUGUUGCAGACAAUGUUUUAUUUGCUGAUGAAAGAUUAAAUGCACAAUUGGUUUCAUGUUGUCUAGCUUUUUACAAAAAUAGUUCAUAGUUUGUGUGUUUAUUUUCUGAAUUUUUUAAAUUUCACAAUAAAUCACGAUUUCUUCA